AUGACUGACACAGGCGCAAAGUUUCACUCUGCUCUCUCAAUAACCAAUGUCAAAUCUCUCGUUCCCUUCACAUUAGACAUUGAAAAUGGUCCAUAUCAUUCAUGGGUGGCGUUAUUUAAAGUGCAAGCCUGGGUGCAUAACCUGAUGCAUCACAUUAUCCCUCCUACAGAGGCCACGACUAAGGCCAAAAUUGAUGCCUUGCGGGCAGCUGAUCCAGAACUCUAUGAUCAUCUUGAUGCGGCAGUCCUGCAGUGGAUAUAUGGUACGAUCUCUCCUGAAUUACUUCAAACCAUAUUGGUGAAGGAUGACACCGCGACGAAAGCCUGGAAGAGGUUGGAGGCCAUCUUUCAAGAUAACAAGGGUUCCAGGGCAACUCAUCUCGAGGAAGAACUUACUGCUGUCUCUGUCGAAAACAUUUCAAGUGCGGAUGCGUAUUGCAACCACGUGAAAACCUUGGCGGACAGGCUGGCUGAUGUGGAUGCUCCGGUGGCAAAUAGUCGCCUUGUCUUGCGGCUCAUUGGUGGUCUUCCAGAGGCAUACUCUGGCACGGUGAAUUUUGUCCAAAAUCAAGACCCAUUACCACCUUUUGAAAGCGUUCGAUCCCAAAUAAAAUUGGCGGAACGUACUCUAAAAAACCGUCUCUCCAAAGAAGCCGGCGGGAAUGUUGCUUUUAUUGCCUCUACUGGCGGUGCCCAACUAGCUAACAUGGAACAUGUUAACUCCAAUCCUCAGCAUAAUUUUUCUUCAAGUUCCAAUCAUGGCAGAAAUAAUAACAACAAGAACAAGAAGAAAAAUAAUAAUGAAAGGAACAAUGGGCAAAAUCGCAACAAUGGCCGCGAUGGGGGUGGCCAGAAUGGUGGCCGCGGCACCAACCAGUGGCCGACUGGCGGUACCAGCCAGUGGUAG